AUGUCUAUCAACACAAUUCAAUGCCUUUCCAAAUCCGGUGAUUCAGUGCAGGGAAACAUCGACCGAGGACGUGGCCAUACAUCAAUUGAAGGAGCAGACAACCAGGCCUGUGAAGUUGGGCAUACCAGGCAACAAAUGGAAUCUGCUCCACUUUCGCCCACGCCGUCUCUUUUGCGACGAAGGUUUGGCUCGCCGGUGGGUGAGGAUGUGGAUGUGUAUGGGGAGGAGCCAAUGCUGUCACCGACGACUGCGGGGACGGAGGUAGAUCCCCUCUUAACUUCAUCGUCAUUGGAUCAGAUCCCGGUCUACGCCCUCACCCACUCCAUCCGACAAGAAAUUAUCGCAGCAAUUGACACCUCCCUCACCUGGGACCAACUGCGCUCACCCCAAAUCAACCAAUUCCUAGUCCGACCGAUACUGCAACGAUGUCAGGAUAGAUGUUCGCGAGCAAUUGUGUUCGCAUUACUGAUUAAUAAGGCGCAGUUCGAGGAGGAGGCGGUGAGGACGGAGGUGAAGAGUGGAGUUUUGGGAACGAGGGGGAGGGUUUGUGAGCUGGUUGCGAUUAAGAUAUUGAAGACGUUUAGGCCGAGGGAGUUGAUUGAUAUCCUUACGUUCGACUUUUAUCCGCUUCAGGGACAUGUAGCGACGACAUCGUUUGCCCCGGUGCAACGUUUUAGCGCUCUGGAAAUUGCAAUCCGUGGGGAAGCGAAGCAGUUCCUCUCGACUCCGCUUGUUGUUCAGGUUCUGCGAGAAAUCUGGGCUGGAAACCUCGUCUUUCACUCGCACACGGAUCGUACGUCGACACUUAACAACUCGUCAUGGUAUUACCGGAAGGUUGCGGCUGUGUACGAUAUGCGAGAAGCAUCUCUGUUCAAGCUGAGCAGAUUACGGGUACCGAAGUACCGGUUUUUGAUGCAGACGGCGAGUUUUGCAUGUAUGCUGGGGUUGUACAUCGCCGUGCUUUGGCAGAGGAGUUUGGAGACGAGUACUCUGGAGUGGGUCAUGAUCGCGUGGAGUCUAGGGUUUAUGCUGGAUGAGGUUGUUGGUAUCUCCGAGGUGUGGACGGCUGGAUCACUGUAUCUAUUACAGAUGUGGAACUUGUUCGAUCUCUGCAUCCUCGCACUCUUCGUCGCCUUCUUGUCACUUCGGCUCUACGGGCUUCAUCAGGGCGACCCUGACCACAAGAUUGCGGAGACCGCAUAUGAUUUGUUGGCGACGAACGCAAUCUUUCUCUUUCCUCGACUCUUCAAUGCGUUGGAUCACGUCAAAUAUUUCUCCCGGAUGCUCAUCAGUUUCCGGAGGAUGGCAAAGAACCUGGUGACGAGUAUGCUUCUCAUCUUCAUGUUCUACUCUGGUUUCUGGGUCGCGUUCAGUGUCUACGCACGGGAUUUCAAUCCGCCUAAGACGGUUGCCUUUCAGCUCAUGCAGAUUUUCUUCGGGUUUCAGCUUCCGGCGUGGCAGACGAUUGGGAAUUAUCACAUGUUGGGGAAGGUCGUGUUGUUGAUCUUUGUGGCUACCUCGAAUUUCUUGGUUGUGACUAUUUUCGUGUCGGUGUUAUCGAAUACGUUCUCGAGCGUUUAUCAUAAUGCGGACGAAGAGCAUCAGUUUUUGUUUGCUGUUAACACGACCUCUUCUGUCAAAUCAGAAGCAGUGUUUAUCUAUCAGUCACCACUGAAUCUGUUGGAAUGGUCGAUAAGACCCCUCGCUCUAUUCAUGUCGCGAUACCGGUUUAUCCGCAUGAAUCGGCUACUUAUCAAGGUCACUCACUUUCCGAUAUUGCUCACGAUCUACCUCAACGAGAGGUUUUACCUCCGACCACAGGCAUUUGACCUGAAAGAUUUGAUGUUGAGUCGGACUAGGAGUAUCGAGACCUUAACCAACGGGUUCGAGGAAAGUCAGCAGAGGGCAAGACGCGGGCUUGGAAACAGACAGAGCAGGGUGUUCAGUGGGAUGAGCAAGGUUGUUGGGAGAUUACGGAAAGGCUCUAUGGGGGGUGUUCAGGAAAGGGAGGACUUGCUGAGGGAGGUUUUCCGGAAGAAUGACAAGAACGUGAACUCGAUACUCGUGGGUCCUAACGGACCGAGCACGUACAUUGGUCCUCGUGCAAGUUUGUUGUUCAGGGAGCCAUUGAGUCCACCUGUUGAGGGGCACGGACGAAACAGGUCGUACUUUGGGGGCCCGGCUCGAAGACCCCAGAGUCAAGCGCGAGAAUCGAUGGAGAUCCGUCAACCCUCGAACUCGGACACGAUUUCGUCAAGUGUUCCAGCGAGCGAUACCGACGGACAGGUUGAUAGCGACAUGGAGGACGAGCAGCUGGAUGUACACACCCCACUUCAACCAUCAUAUAUGGCAUCAUCGCCAUUUCCGAAUGGCUGGAACCACAGAAAGAGAGACUCAGCGGCUACUAUCCGUCGGAUCGUUCCUCUGGCAAAUAACAACACCGAGUCAAUGGUGUUUGUGGGUGAGCCUAGGGAUAGGGUGGUGAGCACUACCUCGGUUCGGUUCGCGGAAGGCGAGAAUAAGCAACGGCGGCCGCAGCAUACACAUGCGGCGACCGAUUCGUUGCUGCCUACUUCGGCGGUGACCGCUGCGGAUUCUGUUGAGCAAAGUGAACGGAGGUCGUCUGCACCAGAUGUGAGUGUGUUUUUGCAAGAGCCACGGCCGACGGAUAAUACCGUACCUAGGUCAGUCGUGGUGGAUGAAUGGAAGGCUAUGGAUGCACGUAUGGAUAGGUUGGAGGCGUUGAUGGGUGCCGUGGCGGAGGAAUUAAGACUCCUGAGACUGGAGAGAGGAGUGGAUAAGGCGUAA